AUGCUGAUAAAAAUUAUCUAUGACGUGAUUUUAUUUUGUUGCACUAAAUAAUUUUUCUCCUAAAUUUUUUUCCCAACUUUUCUUCAUUUUUUUCUCCACUCAAUUUUCUUUCUCUUGAUUUGUCCUAGUUGUGCCUGAGCUCUCUCUAUUUCUUAAUCAGACUUCUCUAUUUCGCUGAAUCAUCGAACGACCAUCGUUGAUAGUUCUUCCUCACUGGAUUCUUCUUCUCUAUACUCUUGUGUCUCUGCAAUAGAUCCUUGAACUCGUCACUAUUUUCUUUGUCUAUUUCAACACUAUUCAUUUUGGUGACAUUUCUUUAUCUAGUAAAUACAUUUAUCUCAAAACUCUGGCUCUUUCGCAUUAAUAUGUCAUACAUAUACAAACCUUUGGCCGUAGUUAUGAUUUUAUCAAUUUGUACAUAUGUUAUAGAACUGUUGGGAUAUUUUUUUCAAUUAAAUUUUUGGGAUAUUUACCGAUAAAUCCCAUCCAACAGACAGUUGCACCAAUUGGUCCCAACGUUGCAUCUGUUGUUCUAAUUAGUCCUAUGGGCAUUGCUUCCGACCCCCAGUGGGGGUGACCCCCAGUGGCACCCCCAGUGACGUGGCAGCGUGUGGUUGGCUGAAAUCCAAAAAAAAAAAAACUAUUUUUGCACCAAUCAGGGACGACCCCCAGCACCCCCAGCUGGGGGUCUAAGUCAUUUUCCUUAGUCCUAUUAGUGGGGAAAUAUCUUCCCGUUUGAUCCUAUUUCUCUUAUUUGGUAACAUUUAGUGGUCAAUUAUACCCUUCCUUUUCUAUUAGGAUGUUUUUGGUGGGAUUAGUUGUGCAUAUUUGGCAAGUCAAAAAUUGUAGUAGAAGAUGUUUCCUCCAUUACGUUAGGGUUUUGUGAUUGUUGUGACGGGGUGUGUGGGAGGUGCUUUGUGUGCCGGACUGACGGAGAAUCGGAAUUCCGCUGUCGACAUUCUUGGAAUUCUGAAGGCAUGGUUUGUUUUUGGUGAUUGCGUGUUAGGAUAGCUAUGUUGCGUACAUAUGUCAGUUCAAUUGUAUGGUGUGCCACACCGAGGUCAUUUGUCUGUGUUGGGCACAUUCGUAUUCAAUGUUUUUAUUGGGUUCAUGUGUUUAAAUCAGUGUGUGUGGUGCCACAUUGGGGUCAUUCAUUUUAAAUGGGUUGUUUCAGUUCAAUGCAAAAAGUACAACAAGCCUUAGUGUACUUACCAAUGUUGUGGCACCCAACAAACACCCUGAGCAUGCCACGUGGCGAGCCAUACUCCAAACCUCUAACACAUGGGUUGUGGCAGGUGACCAACACCUAUUCCAAAAACAUAAUAUAACACCAAAUAACACGGACACAUGCGUAAUCAACAAUCUGGGUCUUUCGUGAAUGUGAGCUUUAUUCACAAGGAUUUGCACAAUUAUAUUCAAGCCGAGCGCAAAAUAGAAAUGAAGGAUGGUGACGCGGAGUGUGCUUUGGCUUACUUAUGUGCAAAAGCUGAUGCUAACCCUUACUUCUUUUACAAGUAUGACAAGGAUCAAGAGAACCGGCUUGGCAAAUUAUUUUGGGUAGAUUCAAGGUCUCGCCUAGACUUUGCUGCAUUUGGUGACGUGUUGGUCUUUGAUACGACUUAUAAAACGAAUGCAUAUAACAAACCUUUUGUUAUUUUCGUCGGGGUCAAUAACCAUUUUGAAACCACCAUAUUUGCAUGCAACUUGCUUGUUGAUGAGACAAUUGCAACAUACACAUGGGUUUUGCAGAAGUUGUUAGAAACCAUGGAUAACAAAAGACCGGUGUCAGUGUUGAUAGAUGGGGAUAUGGCCAUGCGUGAGGCAAUACAAAAAGUCUUUCCAAAUGCCAAGCAUCGUCUAUGUAAUUGGCAUAUGCACAGAAAUGCCAAGCGAAAUGUUCGAGUCGAUGGAUUUGAAGGACAUUUCAAGCAUCUCAAGGAUCUUGAUGCGAAUGAGGUUGUAUUUGAGGAAGCUUAGAGUAAGAUGGUCAGAAAAUAUGGCCUUCAAAAUAACAAGUGGGUAUCAGACACCUACAACAACAAAGGCAUGUGGGUUCAGUCAUAUUUGCAUGGUCAUUUUUUUGCUGGAAUGAAGAGUAGUCAGUGUUGUGAGGGUAUGCAUGCUUUUUUCAAUGAGUGCCUCAAAUGAAAACUGAAACUAUUCGAAUUUGUUAGAUGUUUUGACAUGGCCCUUUAUCGAUUACGGAACAAAGAAGCGGAUGCUGAGGCAAAAACUGACAACACUGAUCCUUGUCUUACCAUAAUACUUUAGCCUCUAGAGAAACAUGCAGCAACCAUCUUUACCAGACGUUUGUUCUUAAUGUUUCGUAAUGAAAUAAUUGAGGAAGCAUUGUUGAUUUUUGAUGGAAGGAAAGAGGAGUUCGAUCAUCGCAUAUACAAAUUUUCAAAGUACACUGAAUUUGGUUCCACAUGGGAAGUGUCAUACCAUCCCGCAACUAGCAUAAUGAAAUGUAGUUGCAAAAAGUUUGAGUUCUUUGGACUUCCUUGCAGCCACAUGAUUUCUGUGAUGAAAUACGAACACAUGACUGAAAUUCUCCCAAGUUGUGUGAUGUAUCGUUUGACAAAGCAAGCAAGAAAGGUUGGUGAACAACAUUGCCAAGCCCAAUUCUCUAGCACUCUCAGACAGGAGACGCGUUUUGGGAUACUUUGCUCUUCUUUUACUGAAAUGUGUUACUAUGCCUCACAAACAUCUGAAUGAUUUGAAGAGGCUAGGAAUGCAUUUUUCACUAUGACAUGUCGGAUGAAGCAGUUUUGCAUGGCCAAGGGAACUAAUGUUGAUGAAGGAAAAAGUUCACUGCCGCCAUUUGGGGUUGGGGAUUCGAAAGUAGUGAACACGAAGGGGAAUACUGGGGGAUCCUACAUGGCUAAACCUCGAAAGCCAAGGCAAUGCCAGUGUUGCAGGGUCGUCGGCCACACAAGGAGAACUUGCCCCCAAAACAAUCAUAAAACGGGACAAGUGGGUAGCAAUUUGUUUGAGGAAUACGAUGAUUAUGAUCCAAUUGGUACUCCCACCCCUUUUACACCGAAGCGUCCCAGGAAUAAUAUUAGGCCAUGUAAGACCCACCCUGUGAAGAGACGACUUUUUGUCACUAAUGUGGAUACGUCUCCAGUGCAGUUGAGCAAGGAUGUUAAUGACUUGCGUAGUUGCGAUGCACAAGUCGUCCAAAAUUCAGCGUUCAUUGAUGCGGAUACGUCUCUAGGUGUUGCUAUGGGUAAUAGUUGAUAUGAUCGAGCAGGUGAUAAUGGAAGCUAAACUAAGAUUUUUUUAAAUUUUUUUUUGAGGACUUAAAUCUGUUAGUAUUUUGUAUAAAUACUCUUAAAUGAUGGUUGAUGGAUAUUUGUUUUGCUGUAUGGAAGUUCAUAUUUUGUAUGCACACUUCUUUUUUUCCUUGAAGAAAGAAUUUUGUAAGGAAUUAUCAUUCACCAAACGAGGUUGUAAGAAAUCCUACACUGCCUUGCAAUAGUAACUUGCUUUUCAAUAUUGUUGAUCUUC